AUGGCAGCUCUAGAGCCGAAAAGUGGCUACCUGGCGGAGUUGGUAUCAACAUCCAACCUGCCCUCUGUCACCUUUGUUGUCACCGCCUUGACUUUGAUCUUAUUCUACACUCUACAACGUCGCAAACCAAAUGUGCCGCUUAUCAACCCCAAGCGGUGGUUCGAAGUUUCGGAUCAGAGGAUCAAGCAGGAAUUCGUUCACAAUGCAAUUCCGAUGAUAGAAAAGGGCUUUGCUGUGACUGGCAACAAGCCGUUUCGUGUCCAAGCAGAUAGCGGAGAAGUCACGGUUCUCCCUCCCAAUGUUGCCAAUGAGAUUAAGAACGAUGCCCGCCUAAGCUUUGAAUUGAAUACCUCUAGGGCCUUUUUCGGUCACCUCCCAGGCUUCGAAGUCUUCAAUACCGAUGGAUGUAACAUGAGAGUUGCAAAGUCUAUAGUCCAACGCCAGUUGACUACUUAUCUUGCCAAAGUAACAAAACCGCUCUCUGAUGAAGCCACAUUGUCUCUUCGGGAAAUUUUAACAGACAACAAAGAGUGGCAUCAAAUUACCCUGAAAAAUGAACUUCUACAAAUCAUUGCCCGCCUCUCCUCCAAGGUCUUCCUCGGCGACGAACUCUGCCACGAUGAAAGGUGGCUAGACAUUACUAUCAACUACACUCUCCAUGCGUUCGCAGCUGCAGAUUCCCUAAGAAUGUGGCCUUCCUAUCUUCGUGAUAUCGUCCACUGGUUCUUGCCGAGGUGCAGGGCGUCUCGAGCAGAAGUUGCCAGAGCACGUACGGUCAUUGGGCCUAUUUUGAAGAAGCGUGCUGAGCACAAAGCAGCCCUCGCACCCCAGGGAAAGGAACCCCCUGGGUUGAAUGAUGCUAUUGAAUGGUUUGAAAACGCCUCAAGAGCCGAGGGUACUUAUGUUGAUCCUGUUAUAGGCCAGCUUGGACUCGGUCUUGCUGCUAUUCAUACUACGAGCGACCUCUCAACCCAAGUGAUUCUUGACAUAGCUUCGCAUCCGGAAAUCAUCGAACCGUUGAGAAAGGAGAUAAUCGAAGCUCUGAGAGAAGGCGGGUGGAAAAAAACCUCACUCUAUAAAAUGAAGCUUCUGGACAGCGUCAUCAAAGAGAGCCAGCGCAUGAAGCCCAUUACGUCUAUCAGCAUGGGCCGCGUAGCAACUACCGAUAUCACUCUAUCCGAUGGCACCACCAUUCCUAAGGACACUCACACAGUAGUCUCUAGCCACAGCAUGUGGGAUCCCCGAGUCCACACCAACGCAGACCAAUGGGACGGCUACCGUUUCUAUAACAUGCGCCAGGUCCCCGGACAAGAAAACAGCUCACAAUUCGUCAGCACUAGCCCAGAUCAUCUUGCCUUCGGACAUGGCCAGCAUGCCUGCCCAGGCCGGUUCUUCGCCGCCAACGAGGUCAAAGUGCUACUCUGCCAUUUGCUCCUAAAAUAUGAUCUGAAGGUAGUGGAAGGGUCGAUGAUUAAGCCAUUUAGGUAUUCGUUUUCGAUUAGUGCGAACCCCAUUGCGCCCCUUAUGAUCCGGAGGAGGGAGGACGUGAUUGAUCUGGAUUCGCUAGAAGCAUAA